UUGUGCUACAUUUUUAUUUAGUUUGUAACCGUUCUUUGAUAAGAGCGGGCGGUCGUUCCGGUGUGCCGAUGUAAAUAGUUGUGUUUUGUUUUUAAAAGUGCAGAUGAUUGACGAAUCAAGACUUUCUCAAAGACAUCGGCGCUGUGGCGCCUGCCGGCUCUGGCAUGGGUGGACGCAGGUUGUUUAAGGCCGCGGCUUUGCUCGUUGUUUUGGGAUACAGCAGUUUGCUUGUUUAUCAAGGCGGUGUAAACUUCAACUCGCAAGACAGUCGUGCGUCUGUGCAAGUCGCAGAUUUAUCUAUUGAACCUGUUACAAAAACUGUUUUGUAUGACAGUGGACAGAACAAAAACAUAACGUUAAGUGAUAUAUUUAUAAGUGUUAAGACAACAAAACAUUAUCAAUACACAAGACUGCCAAUUAUUUUGAAGACGUGGUUCCAGUUAGCUAAGGAACAGACAUGGUUCUUCACGGAUACAGACAACCGUCAACAUCAAAAUCAAACAAACGGUCACAUGGUAAACACCAAUUGCUCGGCGUCACAUCAACGAAAACACCUAUGUUGCAAAAUGUCCGUGGAGUACGACCGUUUUCUGGAGAGCGGUAAAAAAUGGUUCUGCCAUUUCGAUGACGAUAAUUACGUGAAUGUUCCUCGUCUGGUCAAUGUGCUGCAAUCCUACAAUCAUCAAGAAGACUGGUACCUAGGAAGAACAUCUGUCUAUGAGCCAGUCAAGAUAUAUAAGAAACCAACUAAUAAGCUAAUGUUCUCAUUUUGGUUCGCCACUGGCGGUGCUGGGUUCUGUAUAAGCCGAAGUUUGGCCUUGAAAAUGUUGCCUGUGGCAAGUGGAGGAAGAUUCAUCAGCAUCUGCGAAGGUAUUCGGUUACCAGACGAUGUGUCAAUAGGCUUCAUUAUAGAACAUCUUAUGAAGAAAAACCUCACACUCGUGCCGGAAUUCCACUCUCACUUGGAGCAGAUGAAGCUUCUACCUCCAGAAACGUUCCGUGAUCAGAUCUCUUUUAGUUACUCCAAAAUAAAGGAAGAAUGGAACGUGGUCAAUGUUCCAGGCUUCGACACCAGAUAUGAUCCCACUCGGUUCCUGUCGUUACAUUGUUUUCUUUUCCCUCAUUUUAAGUUUUGCCCGAGGUAGCAUCGAGAGUAAGAACUUUAUAUGAAGUUACAGAAUCUGUUGGUUCCCAAGCCACAACAUACAUUUAUUUUCGUUAGAGUUAUUUACAAAUAGAUACUGAUAAACAUAAGUACCACUAAUGGACUAUUGCACUAAAUAGAAUAAAAUAUCUUCCAAUCGUGCAAUUCCUAUACGCAUUUUUCUAGAAAUUUUAUUGUUUACAAAAUUAGCUUGGUUGUGAUAUGAAUUUAAAAAUCAAGUAUGUUAAAAAUCAUUGCAUUGUAUAUUCUAUUGCGUUUUAUUUUAAUAUGUAUUUAAUAAAUUCUGUGAUAUUAGAUUAUGGUGUAAAUAAUUGUUUUAUAACGUGC